GUUGUCACGUUCUUUAACCUUUUCCAGGCAUGUGUAUGGAGGAACAUGGCGAUACCGUGGAGACACUGUUGGAGGUGGACUACAGGCGCCACAAGUACGAGUUUACUAGAAACCAUAUGCUGUUUUAAUGGAAGUUAUGCUACCUCGUUGCUCCGAGGAACUGGAACCGUCGCUGGCUCGGGAAAUGAGGGACUGUCCUCAAGGACUGUACACACAACCUCACUAGGCAACUCUAUUCUGACAAGGCACAAAUCAAGGUUGCUUUACCCCACACCGAAGCCUUGUGGCUGCAAAAGGAUACACAGCGAUGCCAAGUUGAAGGACCCCUUCACUCUAGCCCAGAAAGACUUGAAUAAUUUGUACGAUGAUAUCAAGAAGGAACUUUUUGUGUCCAAAUCAGAGUUGAAGUCCUUAUGUGACUACUAUUUUGACGGGAAGGGCAAGGCUUUCCGACCCAUGAUAGUGGUGCUAAUGGCCCGGGCCUGCAAUAGUCACAGCAACCGAGACGGAGAUCUGCUCCCAGGUCAGCGAUCCAUAGCUAUGAUCUCUGAGAUGAUCCACACUGCCAGCCUGGUCCACGAUGACGUCAUCGACGGCUCGGACAAGCGGCGGGGGAAGACCACUAUCAACGAAGUGUGGGGCGAGAGAAAGGCCAUUUUAGCUGGAGACUUCAUCCUCUCGGCAGCCUCCAUGGCUCUGGCCCGUAUCGGGAACAACACAGUGGUGUCAGUCCUGUCUCAGGUCAUGGAGGAUCUGGUGCGAGGUGAAUUCAUGCAGCUGGGCUCCAAAGAAAAUGAGAAGGAGCGAUUCAAACACUACCUGGACAAGACGUUUAAGAAGACUGCCAGUCUUAUCGCCAACAGUUGUAAAGCUGUAUCCAUUCUAGUGAACUCCGAUCCAGAGGUUCAUGAAAUAGCCUUCCAGUACGGGAGAAACGUAGGCAUCGCCUUCCAGCUGGUGGAUGAUGUGCUUGACUACACAGCGUGUGCCAGCCAACUAGGAAAGCCUUCAGCUACAGACCUCAAGCUGGGUCUGGCCACCGGACCCGUCCUGUUUGCCUGCCAACAGUUUCCUGAGCUGCAUGGUAUGAUCAUGAGGCGGUUCAGCUCCAGUGGAGAUGUCGCUCGUGCCUGGCAGUAUGUCCAGGAGAGUGAGGGUGUGGAUCAGACCAACUACCUGGCCCAGCACUACUGCCAAGAGGCUAUCCGGCAGAUCAGCUUGCUCAGGCCCUCUCUGGAGCGGGACGCCCUUAUCAGGCUCACCCAGAUGGUCCUUACCCGUGACAAGUGAGCCUCCACUCGUCACUUCAGGCAGCUACUUGUACCUGUGGAAGGCCACCCCAUUGGGGGGGGGGGGGGGUUCAUCAGUGAUAUUCCCACUGUGCAUACACAGGUUCUUCAGGAAUGACUUCUGAGAUGCACUGCUUCACAUGACCUAUAUCUUCCUUUCCUCUGGGGAAAACACUGACGGGCUCACAGAACAAAGAAUGUGUUAUUGACGCCAGGGGGUUUUCAAUGCCGGUCCUGCGGGGACCCCCCCCCCCCCCCCUGAAAAAAGGUUUCUGAACCAACCCCCCACCUAUUCUUCAAUUGGACUUCAAAACGAUAAAAUGGCAUGUCAGUGAGGAUUUGACACAGACCCUCCAAGAUCAUUGUUAAAAAAAUAAAAACAAAUGACUGAAUUAUCAAAUGUUCAUUGUAUACUGUAACUGCAGCACCCCCACCCAGAUUGUAUUUGGUCAUCAAAGACAGGUGACAUUGCUCUUUAAGGUUUGGGACGGAAUGGCCACUGCAGAAUAAUUUUAAUUCCAUGAUGAAGUGUCAUUGUGAUGUGAUAUGUGUGUGUGUUAAGACAUUGCUCGAAGAUCCGUCCGUACCGCACAAAUGCCAAACUUUUGUUAUGGUGACUCGUACCAAUUAGAGAAUGUUAUUAUAUUGUAGGUGCUUCCUGUAUCAAGUGCUUCCUGUAGGUAGCUUCCUGUAUCAAGUGCUUGAUAACAAUCAAGGCCUUAACAUCCACAAUCACUGUACUCAAAUUAAAUCACGUUUAUUUUUUUGGAAGUUAA